AUGCUCGACGUAAGCGUAGCCGGCGGCAUCAAAGCGGGCACCAGCCCUCUCGACACCAUCAUCGCCGAAGCCGGCGAGGAAGCCUCCCUGCCGCCCAGUCUAGUCCGCAAAAACAUACUCUCCGCCGGCGUCCUCACCUACGUCAGCGCCACGGGCGCUGAGUUCCCCGGCGAGCAGGGCCUCGUCGUGCCGGACCUGAUCUACGCGUACGACAUGGAGCUGCCCGCGGACGUCAUACCAAAACCCCACGAUGACGAGGUGAAAGGAUUUGCGCUGAUGAGCGUGCCGGAGGUGCAGCGCGCGCUGCUGGGGCGCGAGUUCAAGCCCGAUGCUGCGGCUGUGCUGGUGGAUUUCCUUGUGAGGCAUGGUGUUAUUACGGCGGAGAAUGAACCCCGUCUUGCGGAGAUUACGAUGCAUUUGCAUCGCAGGCUGCCCUUUAGGACGGCGCCGCCAUAG